AUGAAGUUCACAAUAGCUCUACUCGUUAUUGUGUUUGUGGAAAUUGACGGACAGUGGACAGGUAAUUCUAUCAUUUUUCACGUGUUUCCAUUUAUAAACUCGUUUAUAGAACUGGAAGUGAUAAAAUUGUUAGAAGAGACCAAUGUCAGACACGCACAAAUCGAACAAAUGACCAAGGAGGCGGCGAUCAGGCACAAUCAGGUAAUGAAUGCUCUGAACGUUUUGACGUUUUUCUUGGAUAAACUAUGGAUAAAGAGUUUGGGCGCGAAAGGGGGCGUGGCCUAAUCUGAGACGCGUUUUCUGAAAAUUUUCGCAAUUCCCGCACUUUUCCGAUAUUUUUGUGUGUUUGAUAUCGACGAAAAAAGACAUUAAAGAGAGAAAACUUUGAAAUUUUCGUAAAAACGCCGCGCUUGAGACGUUUUUGGCAUAUUUCGCAAUUCGGAAUUUUCAUACCGGCCGAUCUGGAUAGUUUUGAGACGAAGUGAGUGUCGGAAGUGAUUAAGCACGUUAAUACAAGUAUUUUAAGCGUUCAAACGGCAAAAAGUGUCGGCGAAUGACUGAAAUUCGCGCAUUUUCAGCACAAAACUUGAAAAUCGAUUCAAUUGAUUCAUUUCUGAGUGAAACCUGCUCGUUUUAUGCUCAAAAAGCGCGCGAUGAUUAGUUUAACAAAAGUUAUGCAAUUACAUCGUCGAAAUCGGCCAAAAUUUGGGUAAUUUUUGACGAAAAACAUGAAAAAUGGGGUUAAAUUUCGAUGUUCGCACGGUCUCCGAGGGCAGCUAAUGCUAAACACAGUACGCUCGUAAAUUGCGGAGUGUCGUUGUAACUUUUGAAUAUUUGCAGGUCUAAAAAUGCGGUUCAAUUCGAGUUUACGACCUUUAAUUCUUUCUUUUUGACUUGAAAAACGUCUUGAAAACAAUAUUUUACUUAUUGGAAACCGCUCUUUACAGAAUUUAGAUUUUUUCAUGUUUUUAGCGUCUUUUUCGCAUUUCGUCAAAACUUCAAACCUUUAUAUUUCAGCUCAUUUUGCAUUUCAUGAGCCCAACGAACGAUAAAAAUGUUCGCUAAAUCUUUCUUCACAAAAUUCAGGUUCCGGCGGUUAGUUUUCUUGAGCAGUUUUCGAAAACUAUUCGAAAAACAUCAAAAUCCAGGCCAAAACCUUCAAAUCGAAAUAACUCGGCUAAUUCUCAACGAUAUGCGAGAUUUCUGUUACCAAAACGUAGCUAGUGCUCUAAUUAUUCGAAUCCAGGAUCCGGGCGUACAAAAAAUAGGUGUAUUGUACAGAAAACAUGGAAAGAACGCAAACUCCCGUUGAAAAUUAAUUAAUCGGCCACCGCGUAAAUCGACACAGCCCGCCUGUUGCAAGUGCGCCCCAUUGAAAUCAUUCGCGUCGUGGGAGACCGUGCGCUAGGCCACGAGCCUUUCUAAGUUUUUGGUCGCCGUGCCAAUCGAUUCUCGAAUUUUCCAGAUGAAUCCCGACGGUCUGAGCGUAUCCGAAAGAACCGGUGGAAAUUCGCAACCGCCGUUUCCGCCGGUCCCAGUCGAACCGCCCAUUCCGGCACCGGUCCCGCCGCCUCCGGACACUCCGAACCCCUCUUCGAUUCCGGCGACACGAAGUGUGAUCCGACCGGCGCCGAUGCCCACAAUCGACGAUGAUCGCACUUUUUUGGCCAGUCCGUUUUUCGCUCAAUCUCUGCAACUAUUUUGUAUUUAAAAAAAAAAUGCUGAUAAUUUCCAGAAAUGUCCGAACAAGAGGCGCUCGUCAAUCAGCUGAAUGCGCUGUCGGCGCGAGAAGCGGCCACUCGCAACGGCCUAUUGGUUAUGGGCGAAACUUUGGGUAAUCCAACAAUAUCCAUCGUGAAAAAGUGCUGAGACACAGUUGCAGAAGGAGCCCUGAUGAGUGCUCUCCGUCCGUUGACAAUGCCAUCAUUUUUGGGCCAACCGAUUCCCGGCCAUUUUGUACCGUUUCAAAGGAUGCAAAGUAGGUUUUUUGUUCUGGAAAACGACGUUUCAAAGCCGUUUUUUUGAGGACCAAUCGAACAAUCGCCAACCGACGAGCGUCCGCAAAUCCAAUCGAGACCUCUGGCGUCGCAAUUACCGAUGCGAGAACGGAAUUUCGAGAGUGUGCAGUGGCAGAUGGAGCAGGAAGCUCAAGUUGUUCUCAAAAACGAAACGGGUCCCGCUUUUUGA